CAGGGCCUGUUUCGACACACUUCACACGAUAAUGGAGCGCGCGGGGGAAACACAAAAAACUUUGGGCUGAUUUUAAAGACUAAUGUCUGAUUCGGGCUUCGAGGCUUUCACAAUUCUCUUGUCCAUGAUUGUUUGCUUUAUGAUAAUGACGAAGCAGUGCACAUAUAAUGUCUUGGCUCUCUUUUUUUCUCCGGUGGGCAAAGGGGGAAAGCGAAGGGACAUCAUCAUUCUUGAGAGAGAAACGGAGGGAAACAUGAGAUUUUUUGCGCGUUUAUUGCUUUCGUCGGCCUUGGACCAGGUUAGGUUCGGCCGGACACUUGCUUCUUGCUUUUUUGUUCUAUUGCUGUUUGGCCGGAAUGGCUAUUUUGUUUUUCUUCUUUGCUGUGUAGGAAAAUCCGGGUUGGAUGCGUAGCGUAUUAGCUUCGCUCCUUUGCUAAGCACACUGGUAGUGAUCAAUUCUAUGGAAACACGCACUAAACAGAGAGCCUCCUCAUAAACGUUGUUGGUGUUAUCAUUGACGGUGCAACUGUCGUCAUGAUCGUACGGGAUGAAUGCCUUUACCCCAUGCAUGAGGCUACUCAGUACAUGAGUCUUUUAUUUGGUAA